AUGCCCUGUCUUAAGCUCCCACUACUUCCCGCUGGCACCACCACCACCACCACAACCACCAAGAAGAGCGUCUCUCCGACCGAGUAUCCGAACACAGCCCUCUUCUCCCUCAACCCCAACCCCAACAUCACCAACCAGAACCACAACCCCAAAACCAACCUCAAUCCCUCAAAGCCAAAUACGGCACCUGCACCUCCAUCCUCCACUACGGCACCUCCAGCUCCAUCCGUCUCUACACCACCACCACCACCUCCUCCUCCUCCUCCUCCUCCCCAGCCCGCACCCUCCACGUCGUCAAAACCCUCCGUCCAACCACCUCCACCACAUCCACCAGCAGAAGAACCACCAGUGAUAACACCCAACAAACCCUCAAAAACACCCUCGAAUCCCUCCUCUCUUCCACCCUCACCCACCCUCACCUCCUCCACACAAUCGACAUCCUCCCCAACUCCCAACUCGAGACAUGUCUCGUGA